AUGAAUAAACAAGAUAUGCUCAAGGUUCAGACUUGUGUUCUGAGAGUUAACAUACACUGUGAAGGUUGUAAGCAGAAGGUUAAAAAGAUACUACAGAAGAUUGAAGGGGUGUAUUCGGUAAAUAUUGAUGCGGAACAAGGGAAGGCGACAGUAUCAGGAAAUGUUGAUCCAGCAACACUCAUAAAGAAGCUUGACAAGGCCGGUAAGCAUGCCGAGCUAUGGGGAGCACAAAAAGGUCACAAUCAAUGGAACAAUCAGUUCAAGGACAUUCAGUUCGACAAUUUUAAGGGUGGAAAAGAUAAUAAAUCUCAAAAGGGUGGGAAGGACCAACAGAAGGGUGGAAAUCAAGCUCUUCAACAGAUGCAACAGAACAAAGGAUUGAAAGACGUGAAAUUUGUGGGCAAGGACCAAAAAUCUGUCAGGUUUAAGUUGCCUGAAGACGAGGAAGAUGAUGAGUUUGAUGACGAGUUCGACGAGGAUGAUGAUGAGUUUGAUGACGAGUUCGACGAUGAUUUUGGUGGUCACGACCAUCAAGUACCAAAUAAAAUGAUGAAUACUAAGGGCAGCGGUGGUGGUGGAGGUGGCGGCCAGGGACUACAUGGGCAUAAUGCAAUGAAAAAUGGUCCUGCGAAAGGUAGUGGUGGUAAUAAGGGAGGAGACGGCAAGAAAAGCAGUGGAAUUAAUAUGUUUAUUAAGGGCUUAACGGGGAAAGGCAAGAAUAAGAAUGGCAAUGAAGGAAAGAAUGGCAAGGGAGGAAAUCAAAAUCACGGUGGUGACAAAAACGGAGGUAAAAAGUGCGGUUCUGCAAAGGGAGAAGGUAAAAAUGGGGCAGCAAGUGGCAAAGGUACAAAGGAUAGUGGUUUUGGUGGGAAGAACAAUGAUAAUUUGGGAGGGAAAGAAAAUUUUAAGGGAGGCCUAAAAAUGAGUGGUAAGCAGGAGCAGGGGUUCGAUGAGAUUGAUUUGGUUCAGAAAGGCGGUGGCGGGGGUAAAAAUAUGGGUCCAAUGGGACAUAUGGGUAACUAUCCCAUGGGUCAAAUGGGGAAUAUUCCGGCAGCUCAAGGAUUGCCACCGAUGGCCGGUAUGAAUUCAGGUCACUACCAAGGGAUGGGACCGGGGAACCCUUACGCUAUGCAACAAAACAUGGCACAGAUGAUGAUGAACCAGCAGCGGGCGAAUGGCCAAGAUAUGUACCAUCCUAUGAUGUAUGCGCGCCAACAGCCCCCGUUGAGUUAUGGACCGCCCAUGAGUUAUGGACCGCCUCCUGGUGAUCAGUAUACUCACAUCUUCAGUGACGAAAAUGCUACCGGCUGCAGCAUCAUGUAA